AGUCCUUAUAAAGGCACUAAACAGGUGGCUGGAAGACCACCAGCACCUCCCUUUUAUGAAAUGAAAAUAUUCUCCUGAAAUUCAUCACCGACAACCAGGAUAUUUAUCAAAGUGCAAUGUUAAACUGCUGAAAGAGGUGAAGCACAAGCCAUCCUGAAGAAUCUCCAGAACACGCAGAAACAGUUUGCUGCAUUUACCAGAUAAAUGAAGCCAAGUCCCGACAUGGAGAAACAUCAGAACUCUGUCAAGAGUUUUACUAAACAGAGUAAUCUCAAAAAACACCAGCGCAUUCACACAGGAGACAAACCGUAUCACUGCUUAGACUGUGGGAAGAGUUUUAAUAGACCGGGGACUCUAAAACUGCAUCAGCGCAUUCACACAGGAGAGAAACCUUAUCACUGCUCAGACUGUGGAAGUAGUUUUACUCAACAGAGUCAUCUAAAACGACACCAGCUCAUUCACACAGGAGAAAAACCGUAUCACUGCUCAGACUGUGGGAAGAGAUUUACUGAAAAGAGUACUCUCAAAAUACAUCAGCGCAUUCACACAGGAGAGAAACCGUAUCACUGCUCAGACUGUGGAAAGAGUUUUACUACACAGAGUCAUUUCAAAAUACACCAGCGCAUUCACACAGGAGAGAAACCGUAUCACUGCUCAGACUGUGGGAAUAGUUUUACUAAACAGAGUAAUCUCAAAAAACACCAGCGCAUUCACACAGGAGAGAAACCGUAUCACUGCACAGACUGCGGGAAGAGUUUUACUGAACACAGUAAACUCAAAAUACACCAGCGCAUUCACACAGGAGAGAAACCGUAUCACUGCUCAAACUGUGGGAAGAGAUUUACUGAACAGAGUACUCUCAAAAAACACCAGAGCAUUCACAUAGGAGAGAAACCGUAUCACUGCACAGACUGCGGGAAGAGUUUUACUGAACACAGUAAACUCAAAAUACACCAGCGCAUUCACACAGGAGAGAAACCGUAUCACUGCUCAAACUGUGGGAAGAGAUUUACUGAACAGAGUGCUCUCAAAAAACACCAGCGCAUUCACACAGGAGAGAAACCGUAUUACUGCUCAAACUGUGGGAAGAGUUUUACUAAACUGAGUAAUCUCAAAAUACACCAGCGCAUUCACACAGGAGAGAAACCGUAUCACUGCUUAGACUGUGGGAAGAGUUUUAAUAGACCGGGGACUCUAAAACUGCAUCAGCGCAUUCACACAGGAGAGAAACCUUAUCACUGCUCAGACUGUGGAAGUAGUUUUACUCAACAGAGUCAUCUAAAACGACACCAGCUCAUUCACACAGGAGAAAAACCGUAUCACUGCUCAGACUGUGGGAAGAGAUUUACUGAAAAGAGUACUCUCAAAAUACAUCAGCGCAUUCACACAGGAGAGAAACCGUAUCACUGCUCAGACUGUGGAAAGAGUUUUACUACACAGAGUCAUUUCAAAAAACACCAGCGCAUUCACACAGGAGAGAAACCGUAUCACUGCUCAAACUGUGGGAAGAGUUUUACUAAACUGAGUAAUCUCAAAAUACACCAGCGCAUUCACACAGGGUAGAAACUCCAUCUCAAAUCAGUUUGAAGGCAAUUAAAAGCGCAAAUCGUAAAUCUUUCGGACAGAACACCUUAUCCUACACAAAUGUUUCACUUUGUCACUUGGGACACGUUCCACCAGAAACAAACAUGAACUGAAUUGAACAAUGGAUUUUACAGAUUCAGCAAAAUGAAUCUUAUUCAGGGAUGAUGUUUAUUGAAUUCCAUGCUAUGUUUUCCUGUUUGAUAUUCCAGGACAUUCUUCGUGAGACAGAGCUCAGUUUUUAGGGUAGUUACAGUAGGAGUUCAGUUCUGAAUAAGGAAAGGUCGUACGAAGUUUGAGCGAGGGCACUGCCAGUGUUUGCUCCAGAUGUUAGAUUAGCAUAACUUAGUCUUUAAAAAUGUAAAUGUUGUAGUUGUUAGGAGUGGAGAAGAAAUCUUAGCCUGCAACUAACAGGGUUCGUACGGGUGCUUGAAAUCCUGGAAAAUGCUUGAAUUUUAACAUUCUGUUUUUCAGGCCUGGAAAGUGCUGGAAUUUUGGAGAAAAUGCUUGAAAGUGCUUGAAAUUUUAACUGCAUUUACAUUACAACAAAUAACUGUCUGACUAAAUAAGUUCACUUAAAGAAAAAAAUUGCACCUCUGUGUUUUUUAAAACACGGACAGCAGGAGAGUUAGCUAGCUAUGCUAAAAGCCAAGCUUUGAAUUUAUCUAAAUAAUAAUAGUAAUAAUCCAGGUUACACCUAUAAUAUACUAUUAGGCUAAACCCAGCCGGGCACUGUUAACAUGGUGUCACCAUCCUCCAACGAGCUGCUGUUGGGUCCGCUUCAGUGCCAUGAAACGAGCCGAUUUAGCUAUGCUUAAAGCCAAAAGCCGGGUUAACGGUGCUGGCGAGCGAGUCAUUCCAGCCACUGAAGCCGCGAUACAAGCCCCGGAGAUCGGCUUGUUUCAAGCACUGAAUCCGGGCAAACAGCCCCAGGUGUUCUGUCGAGUUCUGCUAAUCAAAACUAUUUUCUUUUUUAUUUAAGAUAUUGUAACAAAACAUUGUCGGAUAUAUGGCUCAUGGUUUGAAAAUUUGGCAUCGCCUUGGAAGGAUUGGAGCAGGUUUUGAGCUCGAACAGUGGAUCCUGCCUCAAACAAUUACAAUGCCAGAACAUUAACAAAAAUAGUAGAGAGUGGCACUAACUCACUUGAUUAAAGAAUGAAAACACCGGCCAGUUAAGUAUUGAACAAAAAGUGCGAAGAUGAUCCUCCAUUAUGAGAGUCUUCAAGAUUUCUUACAUAACAACUAAAACUUUGGCCUAUGAUCGAUUAGGAGUUGGUGAACACUCAGGACUUUUGUUGCUCUGUGCUCCAGGGGGGUAUGAUCAACUGCCUGAAUCCUGGUGUUGUAGAAAAGAAAAUGCAAGGUGGGCUACCCCCACCUCUCGUCCGGGGUACAACUCCCCUACGUGUUCGUUUGAUAGAGAGAGUCAGACAGGUGGAGUGAAGUUGAAAGCAAACCAAGUAUUUAUUACAAAGUGCUGAAUAUUCAGGAGAACCCACACAUGAAAAGACCGUCUAACAGCCGUCCCAGCAUAAGUUCUGACCCCCCUCUGAUCUGACUCCAUGUUUUAUACCCCAAAUGACGUGAAACCUGCUGAUGAGGCGUUACUAACGAUUAGCUCAUGUUAAUAUGCAUAAUUUCACGUGUUAGUACUCAAGUUUCACGUGUCUGACCGGACCACUAGUGUUUGACCUUGACUGUGUUCUUCCAGGAUGGAACAUCGUGGCACUAUCUGUGUGAGUGUGCGUCACCCCCCGCUUUGAAGCAGAGGUUUUUAAGGAGGCACUCACUCACCAAAAGGCCGCUUUGACCUAAGGGCCUCUUCUGUAGCAAUUUAGCCCUGUACCGAGCGUACCAGUCGAGAUCACACAGAGUGCACCAGCCGCUGAUUGAUGGCCAUUAAUUAGGGUCAUGCAGUGAACGAAAUGCUUCAAGAAUAACUUUCGUAUGUUAUAUGUUAAUGUGUUAAUAACGCGUGGUUAGUCCGCCAUAUAAUAAAUCCUAUGUGUUAGUAAACGCCUUAUGUAUCGUGUGGGUUAAUUUGUCAUAAUAGAGUCUGUGUUAGUCACAUGCCUGAUCAAACAAUGUUUUACUAUAUAUGUAAAGAAUAUAUUGUGAUUAUUGGUUAAUCUUCUAUAUAAAUGCGUGUAAAAUACACUGUGAGUAAAAAUGAUCAAAUAUAAUGUGAGUAUUGGUUAAUGCAUAUAAAAUACAAGGUUUCACACAAUGAUUAUGUAAUUAUAGAUACUAAGAUAAGUAAUCAUAAUUGAAAGAUAUUUGUCAAUACACUCAAGGUAAAAUAAACAGUUACUCUUCACUGGUAAUCCGCGCCUUCUUCCCGAUAAUUUCAGCUGCCUUGUUAGGGCCCACUAUCAACGGAGACCAGCAGAUGUGUUUAGUGAAAUCCAAGAAUGGUAUGUAAUCUCUUGUUAGAAAUGCAGUGAAGAUCACGUGGACACUGAAUCCGGCUACGCACCAUAGGCUGAACUGGGGUGUCAGGGAGAGGGCUCGAGUAA